AGCGUCGAUCCCCCCCCAAACGGCGCCCGCCGCCUCUCAACGGCUUCCCCUUGAUCCCGGCGGCCCGGGGCUGACGGGAAGCGGAGGUUCCGGGGGCCGACACGGGCACCAUGGACAGCAGCCGUGAAGUACUAGAGCGUCGGGAGCGGACGGUGCCCCUGAGACCUCCGGCGGCCGCUUCCGGAACAGCAGUCGGCGGCCAUGUUUGAUGGGGGUCUUUCACGUGCAUUUCCGGCUGCGGAACAAAAUGGAGCUUUACCACAUGGACCUGAAGCGGGGGAUGACGCUGAAACUGAAGGGGAAAAUUCAUGAGGAUGCGAGUUGGUUCAUUAUUAAUCUGGGCACCGAUCCCCAAGAUCUGGCGCUGCAUUUCAACCCCCGAUUUGAGGAGAACGUCAUCGUCUGCAACUCCCAAAAUGGCGGCAACUGGGAGAAGGAGCACCGCGAUGGUCACAUGUGCUUCCAGCCAGGGACAGAGAUAAAGCUGACUGUGACCUUUGAGGAAGAUGAAUUCCAGGUGAAGCUUCCUGACGGUCAUGAAGUCAAAUUCCCCAACCGGAGGGGGCAAAGCCACCUCUCCUACUGCUGCGUGAAGGGUGGAAUCAGCCCCACCUCCUUCAAGGUGGAGUGAGGGCAGAGGGUGGCCAGCCUGAGCAGCUCCCCUCCUUCCUUAACCCCAUGAGCCCCAAUAAAGGCUUCUGCUUCUUACCA